CCGCCUACAUCCGGCCGCCGGCACUCGAUUGCUUCUGUCUGGCGGCGGCAGCAUGGCGGCGGGGGCGGCUGAGGCAGCUGUAGCGGCGCUGGAGGAGGUCGGCUCAGCCGGGCAGUUUGAGGAGCUGCUGCGCCUCAAAGCCAAAUCCCUCCUUGUGGUCCAUUUCUGGGCACCAUGGGCUCCACAGUGUGCACAGAUGAACGAAGUUAUGGCAGAGUUAGCUAAAGAACACCCUCAAGUUUCAUUUGUGAAGUUGGAAGCUGAAGGUGUUCCUGAAGUAUCUGAAAAAUAUGAAAUUAGCUCUGUUCCCACUUUUCUGUUUUUUAAGAAUUCUCAGAAAAUCGACCGAUUAGAUGGUGCACAUGCCCCAGAGUUGACCAAAAAAGUUCAGCGACAUGCAUCUAGUGGCUCCUUCCCACCCAGCGCUAAUGAACAUCUUAAAGAAGAUCUCAACCUUCGCUUGAAGAAAUUGACUCAUGCUGCCCCCUGCAUGCUGUUUAUGAAAGGAACUCCUCAAGAACCACGCUGUGGUUUCAGCAAGCAGAUGGUGGAAAUUCUUCACAAACAUAAUAUUCAAUUUAGCAGUUUUGAUAUCUUCUCAGAUGAAGAGGUUCGACAGGGACUCAAAGCCUAUUCCAAUUGGCCUACCUAUCCUCAGCUCUACGUUUCCGGAGAGCUCAUAGGAGGACUUGAUAUAAUCAAGGAGCUAGAAGCAUCUGAAGAACUAGAUACAAUUUGUCCCAAAGCUCCCAAAUUAGAGGAAAGGCUCAAAGUGCUGACAAAUAAAGCUUCUGUGAUGCUCUUUAUGAAAGGAAACAAACAGGAAGCAAAAUGUGGAUUCAGCAAACAAAUUCUGGAAAUACUAAAUAGUACUGGUGUUGAAUAUGAAACAUUCGAUAUAUUGGAGGAUGAAGAAGUUCGGCAAGGAUUAAAAGCCUACUCAAAUUGGCCAACGUACCCUCAGCUGUAUGUGAAAGGGGAGCUGGUGGGAGGAUUGGAUAUCGUGAAGGAACUGAAAGAAAAUGGUGAAUUGCUGCCUAUACUGAGAGGAGAAAAUUAAUAAAUCUUGAACUUGGUGCCCAACUUAUUGCAAGAAAUAUUUAAUUACAUUGGAAGCAGUUCAUGAUUUAGUCCUCAGAAAUGGACUAGGAAUAGAAAAUUCCUGCUUACUCAGUUACAUGUUUUGUGUAUUUCACAAUGUCGUGCUAAAUAAAUGUAUGUUACAUUUUUUUCCCACCAAAAAUAGAAUGCAAUAAACAUCUUCAAAUUAUUAACAAUAA